AUAAGAUUUUAAUAAAUAUAAAUAUACUAUCUAUUAAUAAUCAUAAAAAGGUUUUUACAAAUAAUGAAGUCAAUUAUUUAAUGAAGAUAUUGCCAUUUAAAAUAUAAAGCAUUUAUAUAUUAUUCAAAUAAAAAUAUUUUAUUACAAAAUUUUAAAAUAAAAUUUAUUAAAGGUUUCAGGGGAUUAAACUUUUUUAGUAAGUAAUAUUAAAAGUAUAUAAAUAUGCAAAAAGAAAAAAUGUGUUAUUAUAUAAUCAUUAAACUAUAAAAAUAAUAAAUUGUUAUAGUAUUUCAGAUAUGAAAUCAUCCAUUAUUAUUGAUUUUUUAUGAAGAGACAAUUAUUAUGAAGAGUAUAAAAAAACGAAUAUUUAAUUAAUUCGAAUUUUCUAUA